UCGUUUAAUGGAAACACUGAAAUCAGCAGACUUGUAGAAAGGGAAAAUUAAAGAAUUGAAAAGGAUUAACUUAAAGCAAUCAUACCCUAAUGCGUAUGUUUUUAGAAUGCUAUAAGUUAAACAAUACAUAAUAAUAUGGAGAAACUAGUUCCCUAUUGAACAUUGAACCAUUUUGAGAACUGAGUUCUAUAGUCGAUAUUUUCAAUGAAUUUCCAAUGGGUAUUCUUUAGAGGCAGCCUCCCAUGACCUAUAGGAAAAUACCAGUGAAUAUUGAUAUCACGUUGGCACACAUUAACAAAAUAAUACACCUCGCUCAAUCAUCUGGCGCAGGCCGCACGAGCUGUGCUCCAGAACGGCGCCCAGAUCUCCCAAAUGUUGAGUGAUCUGAACCGCGUGGAUUUCCACAAUGUGCAGGAACAGGCCGCCUGGGUGAGUCAGUGUGCCCCGGCUGUGGUUCAGAGAUUGGAGAGCGACUUCAAGGCCGCCCUGCAGCAGCAGAGCUCGCUGGAGCAGUGGGCCAGCUGGCUGCAGCUCGUGGUCGAGUCGGCCAUGGAGGAGUACACGGGCAAGCCGACAUAUGCGCGGGCCGCCCGCCAGUUCCUGCUCAAGUGGAGCUUCUACAGCUCGAUGAUCAUCCGGGACUUGACGCUGCGCUCGGCCUCGAGCUUCGGCAGCUUCCACCUGAUAAGACUUCUGUUCGACGAGUACAUGUUCUAUCUGGUGGAGCACAAGAUAGCCGAGGCGCAGCAGAAGACGGCCAUAGCGGUCGUAUGCGAACGCAUGAAGAAAGAGAUGGACUUUGAAUUUGAAUGCCAGUUCGCGUACAUCACCAGCGAAACGGAGCAGCAGAAUACCCCCAGCUCGGUCAGCGGCGGGGAUGUUGGCAACGAGGCGAAGCGACUGAAGCAGGAAUGAGUUGCUAUGGAAGCGGAAGCGGAAGCGGAAGCAGUGAAACUAGUAUUCAUAGUAACCGAGUUUAUGUAAUCCGUAAUUGUUAUCCCGAUCAGUGUGCACCCUUCCCAUGUCCCCAUGUCACCCUGUCACCAAUAUUCAGCUCUGCAUUUAAUAGUCAAACCGUGUGUGGUACGUAUCCGUGUUUUAGUUUGUAUUCCUUAGUUCCCAGACCCUAAGCGUAGUCAGUCGAUCAGUUUUAGUAGUAACAUUUUAGGCAGACUCAAAGGACUCAUAGCUCAUGCAGAGGCAGCGCUAGUGCUGGCCGAUUAGUGUGAGUUUGUAUGAGUGAGCAUUGCCCCCACAUUGAAGUGAAGAGCCGUCCAGCAGGCAGAAGGCAACAGCAGGCGGCAGCAAGGCGCAAGCCGCAAGCAACGUCUGGCCUUGCCUGCCCGAUCAACUGAUCCGAUCUGAUCUCUGAUCGAUCCGUGUAUUCAUAAGAUACAUUUUAGUUUAAGUACAUGUGCAUUAAUAUCUGUAAUUUACGUCUAAUUGUCUACUGUCUACGUCUACGAUAAUGUUAGUUCCCUUUGUUUGUUUAAGAGAGAGCGGAGAAUGCAUCAGUUUUGUCUGGUUUCAA